AUGAAUAAGGUGAACACGCGUCUUCAAGCUGAGCGAAAGAGAGGACGAGAAAGUUCUAAUGAUGACUCGCAAGCAUCAUCUUCCUCUGUUGAUGAUCAUCCUGGCAGAAGAAACAAGGAUACGAAACGGAAGCGGCGUAGAUUUUCAGACACGGCGUUCCAAGAUGUUGCUCUAAAAAGCACGAAAAGCAAAAAUGGCCAGAAAGCAUUCAAGCCGACGUCCGCCUCUCUCGCACCGGUUAGAAAAAAGAAGAUGGGUGACACUACAGUUCGAGAAGACAAGAGCGGAACUGGUGCCGGUAAAGUUCGACGAAGCGCUCGCACAGCACUUCCCUCUAAGAGGUCGGGAACCCUUCGAAGUCCGCCUCCUUCUAAGCGGGCUGCUGUCGCCCAAUUGAAACGCAGCAAAAAGCAGAUCUUGAGUUCACCAGACGAAGACAUUAGUGGAUCCGAAAGCAGCAGUGAUAGCAGGACGCGACAGAAGAGUCGGGGGAGAAGAAGAAGAUUCGUCGUGUGA